GCUCUCUGCGUGGCUGAGAAGUUUUUUUACCUACUAGGACGGGGUGGGGGGAGGGACGUGGGGGAACAGGUGUCCCCCUAAAAUAGAGCGCAAGCUGCUGCCUGUGUCCGGCCGUAACCCAGGAGUUAACGUCAGAAAGAGGUGAGAAUGACAACUUUAACUCACCGGGCCCGUCGCACUGAAGUAGGCAAGAACUCUGAAAAGAAGAUGGAAAGUGAGGAAGACACUAAUCAAGACAGGAGUCCAGACAGUGAAGACUCUGGUGACUCUAAGGAUAUUCGCCUCACGCUUAUGGAAGAAGUAUUGCUCCUGGGACUAAAAGAUAAAGAGGGUUACACAUCUUUCUGGAAUGACUGCAUAUCAUCUGGCCUGCGAGGGGGUAUCCUGAUAGAGCUGGCCAUGCGGGGUCGAAUCUAUCUGGAACCCCCCACGAUGCGUAAGAAGCGACUACUGGACAGAAAGGUACUGCUAAAGUCAGAUAGCCCAACAGGGGAUGUUUUACUGGAUGAAACUCUCAAACACAUCAAAGCAACUGAACCCACAGAAACCGUCCAGACAUGGAUAGAGCUACUCACAGGUGAAACCUGGAACCCCUUCAAAUUACAGUACCAGCUGAGAAAUGUAAGAGAGCGAAUUGCAAAGAACCUAGUAGAAAAGGGUAUUCUAACCACUGAGAAGCAGAAUUUCCUCCUAUUUGAUAUGACUACUCAUCCAGUGACCAAUACAACAGAGAAACAACGACUAGUCAAAAAACUUCAAGAUAGUGUCCUAGAGCGGUGGGUAAAUGACCCUCAGCGUAUGGACAAGCGAACACUAGCACUCCUGGUGCUAGCCCACUCCUCUGACGUGCUAGAGAAUGUCUUCUCCUCUCUGACAGAUGACAAGUAUGAUGUGGCAAUGAAUCGAGCCAAGGAUCUAGUAGAACUGGACCCUGAAGUGGAGGGGACAAAGCACAGUGCCACAGAGAUGAUCUGGGCUGUGCUGGCAGCCUUCAAUAAAUCCUAAAGCCAGUGGGUGGGUUUCUCCUUCUCCCCUGCUGGCUGGUGACUGUCAGAGACACCACACUGAGUUUUGUGUGAUGAGAUGUUUUUCAUCAUUUUUUUCCUUCUCUUGAAUCAGAUUUGUGAUUUGGGGAGAGCAGCUUCAGGGCUUCUCCAUAAACUUUGGCCAUUGUAAACAGACUUUAUUUCUCCUUAUUUUUCCACUACAGAGGUGAAUAAACUAGGUGAACCCACACACACCCAAUUAUCAUUUUUUCUCAUUUCUUGGUUUACUUCCACCCAGUGUGCUUUUGGAUAAGCAGGAAUAUCUAAGUGGGAUUUGAAGUUCUCCAGUCAGAAAAUGUGAGUGAGAUAUAGAGCAAACCAUUUAUUAAGUUUUUAAAAAUUUGUUUUCUAUCUUUUUUUUUUUAAGUAGGCUCCACGCCCAACAUGGGGCUUACUCAUGACCCUAAGGUUAAGAGUCACAUACUCUACGGACCGAGCCAGCCAGGCGCCCCUGUUUUCUACCUUAAAUACAUGUUUUCACAGUCUUUGUCUCUCAGAAUCUACUAAGUAAUGUAGUUAUUGAAAUAACUGUCUCUUUGAAUAAGGGGCAGUGGAAACAAAACUGAUUUUUGGAGCAGAUGGUCUCUGGGAUUGUAUGUCCCACUAAUGAUUUUUUCUUCUUUCCUUUUCUAACCUAAUGAGAAGAUUGCAAAUUUGAUUGCCUGGUUCUCACAGCCCUAGAAUCAGAAAUAUAUUCUAUACUCUCUCUUAGCAUUAUCCUACUCCCUCAUUCAUUAGGACAAAAGUCUGAAUGAAAAAAAAAAUGUAUCUCUCAACCAUGUCCUUCAGCCUUCAGUUAUAUGAUUUAUAAGGGAGGGAGGUAGCAUGAGAAUUUCCACCCAUUAGCACAUGACUGUCCUGAUUCCUCCAGAUAUACUCUAUAUGUCUCUGAAUUGAGGGAGUUAUAAAUGUCAGUUGCUGAAUAGCAGCAUCCUGAGUCCAGACAGUCUAUCUAAACUCCAGAUGUUCUUGUUCCCUAUCUUCGACUUCCUUCAUAAAUUGAUAGAUUCUGUCUAUAUUUAAGGGUUCUAGGAGUAUUUUUGUCUACAUUUCAUUCACAGUUACCCUCCUAGUCAUUAGUCUUGUUUCAACACAACCAUUUCUCUACCCAAAUCUCUAAAAAGUUUCAAUUUUUUCAAUUCAAUAGUGAGUGCAAAGAGAAGAUUAAGAUAAAUCCUGUUUAGAAGAGCAAUUUGGUGUCAAAAGAAUGCUCAUAUAAAGUCUAGUGUUUGGGAAUAUAAAGAGGACAGACACCAAGUUGUGCUAAGGUCAAGCAUUUAUUAUGCUAAUAUUUUUUAAUGGAGCAUGCUUCAUGACCAUUACAGAGAAACAGGUUGUCAGAGAGCUAAUACAGACAACCCAGACCUGAUAUCAGAUAUUCAGUAAUUAAAUGAAUGAUUGUAACUUUCAUUUCCUACCCCAAACCUGUUUAGCCCCACAAAAUUCCCCAACUCAAUUAACUCAAUUAAGUUUUUCACUUCAGGUAUUACUUAUGUGACUAGAGAUACAAAUUUUAGUGUGAAAUGAAUUCUAAAUGUGAGCCUGAGUAGAGUUUCAGUCUGGCUCUCUGAAAGUACAAAAACCAGUCCAUGUGUUGUAUCUACCUGACUUAGUUUUCCUUUCCAUUUGAACAAUUCAGCAGGAAUUGAAACCAGGUUUUCCUGUGGAAAGUAUCAGCUUGAUUGGGGGAGUGGGGGGCAGAAGUUGAGUUGAGUUCUUCCUUGCAACUCUUGGUCAGUGUUUAUAUUUUUAUAUUGUAUCUCAAUGAGGAUUUCUUCAGUUUGAAUCUGUAUUCACUGCAAAACACCUCCUUUAAUGCAUAUGGCCUUCACUGUUCUGUACAAUAAAUAUCAAUUAUUGGUUC